UGCCCUGCCGGGACGGCGCGGACCCCGGCCCGCCGGCCGCCGAGCUCCUCGGGGAGGUGGACCGCACGGAAUUCGAACAGUACCUGCACUUCGUGUGCAAGCCCGAGCUGGGUCUGCCCUACCAGGGCCACGACGCCGGCGUGGGUCUCCCGGACAGCCACGGGGCGCUGUCCUCCGUGGUGUCCGACGCCAGCUCCGCGGUAUAUUACUGCAACUACCCCGACGUCUGACAGCUCCCGGCCCGCCCCGGCCCGCAGGCCAGAAGCCCAGUGUUACACACUUCCUGGAAAAGCUAAGGACAUCCUUCUCCUCCUGUUGUUUCGUUUUGUUUUUAAGUUGCCUUAGCACAUAAUUUAUGGUAAUUUAUUUUGUCUACCACUUGAACAGUUGGGGGUUGUGUGAGGUUUUGUUUAAAAUAUAUUCAGGGACUUACUCCCCAUCGCGUUGUCAAAACCCCUUUUCCAGUUUCAAAUCAGCCGGUUCUUCAUGUGUCCAUUUCUUUACAUUUCUUGCUCCGUUUCCUGGAAAUUUAUUGAUCAAAGAAAUUGUGUCCUGGGUGUGUUUUUUAAAAACGUAUUUUAAAAAAUAAAAUCUGGAAGUUUGCUCUGUCACUCCAA